AGGACAAAACCAACGCGCUUAAUAUACCACAUCAAUCCUCCAAGAGCCAAACCAAUCGCAAGAGAACACUCCUCCUACUCGCAUUUCAUUGCGGAGAGUUUCUCUAGUUGAGCGUCGCGUCUCACAAAUGGCCGUGUCUUCGUGUCCGUGUCCCAAGUCCUUCGCCGCCGCCUUAUCUCAUUCCUUCGAGUGCCGUUCCGAUCCGUCCGGCACGGGCCAUCCGAGUCACGGCCGGUUUUCCCGCCGAGUCAAUUCAGUUCGUCAUGGAACUGCUUCAUUUUUCGGCGGCGGAAUGUCAUCUCUGAUAUUGAAGUUCCCUCCCAACUUUGUGCGGCAGCUCAGCACCAAGGGCCGCCGGAAUUGCAGCAACAUCGGCGUCGCACAAGUCGUGGCGGCUUCGUGGUCCAACAAUUCCUCCGCAGGUAUUCCCUCGGCGGCGGCUAACGCAGCCGCCGCCGCAAUCCCUGCUGCCGAGCCGGUCGAGCUGAUUACCGGCGAUGAGGUAGCGGUGGUUGAUGGGCUUAAGGAGAAUGAACAUGUACAGUUGGACGAUUUGACUAACGAUUUGAAAUACUCAUCGUUUUUGAGCUCCGAUGGGAGCCUCGCAAUUCAUGCUGGCGAAAGAUUAGGUCGCGGUAUUGUUACCGAUGCAAUUACGACCCCAGUGGUUAAUACUUCUGCAUAUUUCUUCAAGAAAACUGCUGAGCUUAUUGAUUUCAAGGAGAAACGUCGAGCUAGUUUUGAAUAUGGUCGCUAUGGAAAUCCAACCACAGUGGUCGCAGAAGAGAAGAUAAGUGCGCUUGAGGGGGCUGAAUCAACUUUGAUUAUGGCAUCUGGGAUGUGUGCUAGUACAGUCAUGCUGAUGGCCUUGGUUCCAGCUGGUGGGCAUCUUGUGACGACCACAGACUGCUAUAGAAAGACAAGGAUAUUCAUUGAGACUAUUCUUCCUAAAAUGGGAAUCACGGCCACCGUGAUUGACCCUGCAGAUGUGGAAGCUCUUGAAUCUGCACUUGAAAAGAACAAUGUUUCACUUUUCUUUACAGAGUCACCCACCAAUCCAUUAUUCAGAUGUGUUGACAUUGAGUUGGUUUCAGAGCUCUGCCAUAGAAAAGGGGCAUUAGUUUGCAUAGAUGGUACCUUUGCAACCCCUCUUAAUCAGAAGGCCCUUGCUCUUGGUGCUGAUCUUAUUCUGCACUCUGCAACAAAGUUCAUUGGUGGCCAUAAUGAUGUGCUUGCAGGAUGCAUAAGUGGUUCCACAAAGUUAGUUUCAGAAGUUCGUAAUUUGCAUCAUAUUUUUGGUGGUACUCUUAACCCGAAUGCUGCUUACCUGAUCAUCCGAGGCAUGAAGACAUUACAUCUUCGUGUACAGCAACAGAAUUUAACAGCAUUGAGGAUGGCCAAAGUUUUAGAGGCACAUCCUAAGGUGAAGUGUGUUUAUUAUCUAGGCUUGCCUAGUCAUCCCGAACAUCACAUUGCCAAACGGCAAAUGACCGGCUUUGGUGGUGUGGUUAGUUUUGAGAUUGAUGGAGACUUGAUGACCACCAUAAAAUUUGUGGAUGCUUUGAAAAUCCCAUAUAUUGCCCCAUCUUUUGGUGGCUGUGAAAGCAUUGUGGAUCAGCCAGCAAUAAUGUCCUACUGGGAUCUUACCCAAUCAGAGAGGGAAAAGUAUGGGAUCAAAGAUAACUUGGUUCGGUUUAGCUUUGGAGUUGAAGACUUUGAUGAUUUGAAGGCUGAUAUACUUCAAGCCCUGGAGAAAAUAUAGGGUGGUGCAUCAGGACAACUUGGUGAGGUUCAGCUUCAAAAUCGGCGCUUUGGAGAUCUGUAGGAUGAAUAGUCUAUGCUUGGAGAAUAUAUGAAGCGCAUCAUCUAUCUUCUUUUUGUUUUUUUGGUCAAUUUCGGUUAUUUGGUGGUUCAAUUGACGUUUAAUCACCAAAUUUAUGUUUCAGUUUGGUUGACAGAUCGUUACUUUUAUUCAUGAAUAAAAAUAAAAACCUUAUUUGUUUUCA